AUGACCCUACUGAACUCCAGGGAGAGAGGGGGCUCCUUCAUCAUCCAGUCCAUGGACAGUGACCAUGCAGGGCAGUACCAGUGUCGUUAUCAGAGCUCCAAUAGCUGGUCCCCGCUCAGUGAGCCCCUGGUCCUCACCAUGACAGGAGUGUACUCUCCACCCUCACUCUCAGCCCAUCCAGGCCCUGUGGUGGCUUCAGGAGGGAAGGUGACCCUCUUCUGUAGCUCAGUCAACUCCAUCCACACUUUCCAUCUGCUGAAGGAUGGAGGAGUCCUCAUGGUCCAGCACAUGGACUCUCAGUACCCCAUGGGGAGGCACCUGGCCACUUUUCUUGUAGACCCCGUGAUCCCCUCCCAUGGGGGCACCUACAGGUGCUAUGGUGCUUGCAGCUCCAACCCCCAUGUGUGGUCACAGGCCAGCAACCAGGUGGAUCUCCUGGUCACAGGGGUGCACACGAAGCCCUCCCUCUCAGCACACCCAGGCUCCCCAGUGCUGUCUGGAGCCAGCCUGACCCUGCAGUGCGGCUCAGAGGCCGGAUUUGACAGGUUUGCUCUGACCAAAGACGAGCAGCACCGAGGUCCCAGGAACCUUGACGCUCAGCGCAGUCCCAACUUCACCCUGAGCCCUGUGCACAAUUCCCACAGGGGCCCGUAUAGGUGUUACGGUGGAUACAGUCUCUCCUAUGAGUGGUCAGCCCCCAGUGACCCCCUGGACAUCCUGGUGGCAGGAGCCUAUGGGAAACCCACCCUCGCAGCCCAUCCGGGGCCCUUGGUGACCUCGGGGGAGAACGUGACCCUGCAGUGUCUCUCAACCAGCUGGUCUGACACAUUCCUUCUGUUCAAGGAAGGCUUUGUUGCCCCUCUGCAGCACCUUCAUAGGCAAGACAGUCCUGGGCCCUUUCAGACCACCUUUAUCCUGGGUCCUGUGAUGUCAGCCCAUGGGGGCAGCUACAGGUGCUACACUUCACACAGCAACUCCCCCUACCUGUUAUCACAGCCCAGUGACCCCCUGGAACUGGUGGUCUCAGGUAAGGAACCCCUUACCCUGUUCCCUCUGGAUCCUAAUAGUUCAGGACCCUGUCCCUAG